CCAAGACGGGCAGCAAGCUGUGAGAGUCUCCGACACCUAGGAUUCACCGUCACCACGGGAAACCUACUCCGCUACUCUGGACAUUCGCACCGUAUAGUAGGCGUUUCUUCCGGAGCCCCCUACCAUCCGCGAGCCCGCGACUCCGAGAACGUACCCCCGCGUGGCAGGUGGUACACCACCGUUGCGCGGUACUCCUAGACUCGCCGCUUAAACGAGAGUGCAACUGCAGUUGGCGGCCGACCUGUGCACGGCUCACGGGGAAACGCGGAGAACGCGCUCGUACCGACUCGCCGCAGUUUCGGGGGAGAUCCAGAGAAAGAGAGAUGAGGACCACUGUUCUAGUCGUAUUUGUCAUGGCCGUCCUGGCGAGUGUCUCAGCGCAGGAUUUCAGGCAUUUUUUCGCGGGAUUUGGGCCUUACAGUAUUCGGGACCCAAUAACGAGAGAUCCGAGAUCGAAUAGGGGUCCGGUAUUAUUCCCACCUGGGCCGCCUCCCAAUAAUGCUGACACCAGCGGCGUCGUCGUGGGCGCGAGCGGAUACGGAUUCGUGCCACCCAGCGCAGGUAAUUCGUUCGGCUUCUGAGAAUCAAAAGAAUUCCCGGUGCACCCCCGUUCUCCCCCCAAAAAAGAGAAAAAAAAAA